AUGGUCAAGGUCAACGGUAUCGCAGUCAGUCUCUUGGCGUUCCUGCAGGGAAUCGAGGCGAUCAAUGCAUUUGCUUCUACGCUGCAGAGGGUCAAAGAUUCCAUUACCAACAAAGAGUACACCCGAGAUGAAUUGAAAAUUGGAAUUGCUGGAUUCUACGAUCGUUCCUCCAAGUUGUGGGAAGAUGUGUGGGGAGAGCACAUGCAUCAUGGCUAUUACAUUCCUGAGAAUCGCACCGACCACGUCCAGGCACAAGUUGAUUUGAUUGAUGAAGUCCUCAAGUGGGGAGAUGUCAAAUCAGCCAAGAGUGCGGUCGACGUUGGCUGUGGCAUUGGUGGCAGUUCCAGGCACAUUGCCCGCAAAUACAACUGCAAGACACAAGGAAUUACUCUAAGUCCCUACCAAGCCAACCGUGGCAACGAGUUGGCCAAGGAGCAGGGUCUCGAAGAUCAAUCCAGUUUUCAGGUGGCGGAUGCUUUGGAUAUGCCCUUUGACGACAACAGCUUUGAUUUGGUCUGGAGUUUGGAGAGUGGAGAGCACAUGCCGGACAAGAAAAAGUUUGUCGAGGAAUUGUUCCGUGUGGCGGCUCCUGGUGGACGCAUUUUGGUAGUCACUUGGGUGACACGGGAUUUGCAGGAAGGAGAGACCGGCCUCACCAAAAAGGAAGAGAAACUCUUGCGAAAGAUCAAUCGUGCCUACUACUUGCCUCGAUGGGUGAGUACGCAGGACUAUGUGACUGUCUUUAAAGAACAGGGUGCUACCGAUAUCCGCACCGAAGACUGGUCUUACAUUAUUGCACCAUUCUGGAAAGCCGUCAUCAAGAGCAGUCUCAACUUGAAGAGUGUCAUUGGGCUGUUCAAAAGUGGCUUUUCGACAAUCCGUGGUGCCUAUGCCAUGUUGUUGAUGCUCAAGGGGUACAAGAUGGGACUGAUCAAGUUUGGUCUCAUCACUUGUACCAAGCCAGAGUAA